AGCGAUAAGAAGCAUAAAUAAAUGAGCGCAUCUCCUCCAGUGUCCUUGAAUUUAAUACUGCCGAAAAGCCCAAAAGAAAGAGUUCGAUCCGACACUUAACAGUCACUCGACCUCCGCAGUUCGGUUAAAAUGAUCCCGAGCAUCCAUUCUCGCACUGUUGUGCCUGUCGUCACCUUUUACGCAAACUUGAACUUGGACACCCGGUGGAGUCUCCUCUAUUCCACAGCGCUGCGCUGACUCCCUCCUCCCCUGCUCCUCCUCCUCCUCCUCCUCCUCCUGCAGCAGCAGCAGCAGCAGCAACACAACCAAACCGAGCUGUAACGGGACACUUUUAACGCACCAAACCUUCCCUCGCCUCCAUGUGUGACAUGUUCACACUGUGCGCGCCUUGCACCGGCUUGGAUGAUGAUGUGGAUCCCGGAGAGGUGUCCCCUCCUCGUUGCUGUGCUAAUUAACACGCAGUGGCAUUGAUGACGGCUGACAGCCUGAUUUGAUGUUGAAUGAUUAGAGCGACUGCGAGGCAACAAAGGGAUUUCACGGCGAGCUGGUGAGGGAGGAUGCGUGCGUGGAUCAGGACGACCCUCGCUUCAGACCAGGAUUAACCACUGAUGUGAUGCUGAAUCCCGAGGCACCAGAUGAGACUAUAGUGGACCUGCAGCUUCAUACCCACUCUCAUACCAGUGUGACAGCAAGUUUCUUGUUCUCUCCUCAUUCCUCCCCUUGUUCUGUUUUUGCUCUGUUGGCUGGGAUCUGAAGCCAUAGCUCAUCUGUCACCGAAGGAGAAAAAAACGUUAUGAGGUGUGAGACCAAAGAAGCUAAAAGCGACAGCUUUUUUUGUUCAGUUUGCCUCCAGCAGAUGUGAGCUGAGGCAGGAAAGUGUUUCUCAUAGGCAAAUUUUAAUGUAAAUUGUUGGAGGACUCUGGUGGCCUGCGACUGAAGAGUUGUUUGUGCGGUAAAAGCUUUUCUGUCCUCAUCACCUUCUCUGAGCUGCCUGUUCUGGAGCGGCCCGUUUUCCAGAUGCUGCCAUGCCCAUCAUUAGCAAUGCCAACCAUGAUUUCAGCAACCUCUCUGUCAGUGAUGACAGCAGUCUUGACCGCAUCUUCACUGAAAUCCCCGAAACAGAGACGAUCAAGGGUGUUUACUACCAAAGGGCUCAGUUCAUCCGGCGACCAGAGGACCUGGUGUCCAUUGACCACGGCCUGCUCGCAGUGAUUAACGUUGGGGGGAACAGAUACACCUUCCCUUGGAGCACACUGGAACAAUUCCCUCUCACCAGACUCGGCCGACUCUGUGGCUGCCGGUCGCCCGAGGACAUCGCCAAUGUCUGCGACGACUAUGAUGAGGCGCGCAAGGAGUUCUUCUUCGAUCGCUCGCCGUCCGCCUUCAGGGUCAUCCUCAACUUCCUGGCUGCGGGGAAACUGCGUCUGUUGCGAGAGAUGUGUGUCCUCUCCCUGCACGACGAACUGACCUACUGGGGUGUGGAGAUGGCGUACAUGGAGCGCUGCUGCAAGAGGAAGAUGUACACGCGCAUCGAGGAGGUGCACGAGCUGGAGCGGCGCGAGGAGGAGCGCAGGCACAGGAACGCCAUGCAGCGCGUGCCGGUGGAGGAAACCAAAUACCGUAAGGUGAUGAACUGGCUGAGAGAUACGGUGGAGAAUCCACAAUCUGGCAUACCGGGGAAGAUCUUUGCUUUCUUGUCAGUGAUCAUGGUGGCAGUGACUGUUGUCAGCUUGUGUAUCAGCACCAUGCCAGACCUCAGAGAGGAGGAAAACAGGGGCGAGUGUUCCCCCAAGUGCCACAACAUGUUCAUCAUAGAGACGGUGUGUGUGGCCUGGUUCUCCUUGGAGUUCUGCCUGCGCUUCAUCCAGGCUCGCAGCAAGCUGGACUUCCUCCGCGGUCCUCUCAACAUCAUCGACGCCAUGGCCAUCCUCCCCUACUACGUCUCCCUGGUGGUGACAGAGGAAGACCCAGCGCUGGAGCAUGACAGGCCGGGCGGAGGGAAGGGCUACUUAGACAAGCUGGGCCUGGUGUUGAGGAUCCUGCGCGCACUGAGGAUUCUCUACGUGAUGCGGUUGGCUCGCCACUCUCUGGGCCUGCAGACGCUCGGGCUGACGGUCAGGCGCAGCACCCGCGAGUUCGGCCUUCUCCUGCUUUUCCUCUGUGUGGCCGUCACCCUCUUUUCACCGCUGGUCCACUUGGCUGAGAGCGAGCUCACAGGCACCCAUGACUUCAGCAGCAUCCCUGCCUCCUACUGGUGGGCGAUUAUCUCCAUGACGACAGUUGGCUACGGUGACAUGGUGCCGAGGUCCAUCCCGGGACAGGUUGUAGCGCUGAGCAGCAUCCUCAGCGGGAUCCUCAUCAUGGCCUUCCCGGCUACUUCCAUCUUCCACAUGUUCUCCCGAUCCUACCAAGAGCUCAAGAUGGAGCAUGACCGACUGUUCAAGGAGGAGUGCGCUGCAGCCGCGGCUGCCGCUGCUAAUGGGGAGGCGCAGGAGGUGGGAGGUGAAGGAGGGGUUGGGGACUCGGCUCUGCCUGGGAACACUGGGCACUCCCUGGAGUCUCUGGCUCUAUUAGGGAAAGGUGAAGCAGCAGGAAAUAAUAACCACAGCCUUCCAGCCGCUGCAUUCUGAACUCGCACUGAAGGAAUGUAAAGGUCCUGCAAAUGACUUUUGCUCCAAACGCCUCAGACCCUACAUGGCUGUGCAGUAUUUAUGUUGCAUAGGAUAAGAGGAGAUGAAACAAACCAACAUUUCCUUGGCUCUUUACUCUGAAGAGAGGGAGCUGACGGCACGGAAACUGAAAGACUUAAAGCCCUUUAAAUUGGACGGUUCAGUUCAUCUGACCAGAAAACCUCCGCAGCAAUAUUAUUAGCUGGUUGCUUCCAUAAACAUGCAAUAGUCAGUCCAAAGUUGCUUUUCCUUUCACUGUGAAAAUACUUAAAAGCCCAACUGCAACUUUUACUUUUCUUCAUAUUUCUUUUUCAUACGUUGCCUACAGUAUGACCUGAAAAUGUGUCUCAUACUCUUCUGCCAUGAAUUCAAAGAAGUGCUCCUCUCUUAGUUGAUUUUUAAGAAGCUUGAAGCCAUGUUCUGGGAAGAAACAUAAACAAACUGUUAUAUACGUCUUAUAUAUACAUCAUACACGUCUUAUAAGAUGUGUAUCAAUCUCUCCCUUGUAUGCUUGGACUCUACGAAGGUGGCGGUUUUACCUGUGAACUCAAGGUGAAGUGAAUGAGGAUCCUGCAGAUUUUUUUUUUAUCAGAUGAUGAUGAAAUGAAAUGAUGGAGAGUGUGUGUGAGUGAGAGAGAAUGAGCGCUAACAAGCAUAAAAUGUACUUUGCAAUGCUUCGAAUAAAAGCUCUCCUGGUAAUAGGAGAGAAAUCCA